AACGUGUAGGGCCUACAACAAGGAAAUCGCUGCCUUGGGAAACAUCUAUCGAAUCGUAAAUAUGAUCAAAUGCAUCACCGAGCCUAUCGAGGUUGCCUUACUUGACACGUGAUAUAUGACGUCAUGGUCAUAUGGGUUAAAGUUAGCUUGAACUGCGUGAAUAUAAACAGGACAAAUAUACACUCUCGCGAGGUAAAGAUGGGUGUCUCAACAAGAUCGCUACCUUUUGGUCUUCUUUUUUUACUGAAGAGCUUGGACAUAGUAACAGCAUAUUGCUACUCUCAUUCAAGCUGUAACACUUAUCCAAAUAAUUGGUGUUGUACAAGCCAGAGCGAAUGCUGUACAUUUGAGGACUACACUGGACAUACAUUUGAUGAUGAUGAUGUUCGAGAAAUUGCUGAAACAAGUGGAAAAAUUGCAGUUGGAAUUGUUGUAGCAAUUGUUAUUGCCAUUAUUAUUGCAAUUGUUGCCUGCAUUGUUGGAUGUGUAAUAUGCUGUCGUAGGAAUUCAAACAGACAGGGACAAGUUGUGGGAGGACACAGGGUUGUGACAACGACCACAACAGUCCAUGCUGGACAGCCAGGCCAAGUGCAGCAGGGUGGUUAUCAGCUUGGCCAACAACAGCCCAAAGUACACUACCCGCCGAGUGGACCAGCCCCACCAUAUGUACCUCCAGGACAGCCAAUGCAACCACCACCUUAUCAACCUGGUUACCCUCCACCAAUGCAAGGAGCACCACCUCAAGGUCCCCCGUACGCAGCGGGUCCUGGGUAUCCACCAAUGCCUACUCCUCAUGGGCAACCUGGAGCAGCACCUUACCCUACUGCUCCUGGUCCGCAGCCUGGAGCCGCACCUUAUCCUGUUGGUCCUGGACCACAGGCUCAACCAGCUUAUGCUCCCCAACAACACCUAGAGAUGCAGCCACAGCAUCAAUAUCCCACCAAAGAUUCAGUGCAAGCAUCUGCACCACCCAUGUCUUAGAACUAUUGUUAAUAUUUUUCAUGUAAGUUUCAAAACAACAAAUUUUGGUGAGUUGAUAACAUGAUAGUUCAGAAUGCAGAAUAGCAUUUACCAUGCAUGCUCGUCUGAAUGGUACAACAUGAUUCAUUUUUCUCUUGCCUUGGUCCUUCUUCACUUUGAACCACACAAUUGAAUAUUAAUACAAACAAACAAUGAAAAUAAUACAAUAUAAAUAAUAUUGCUCACCAUACCUUCCAUUGUUUUCGAUUAUUUUAUUUUAUUUGAUACUUACGUUAUGUUACAUCAUGGAUUGCAGUCACAAUUGUUUGAACUCUUUUCUUUAGGACUAUCUUUUCAUUAUAUUCUACUUUUUCAUCUCUCAAGGUUUAGAAUUUCGUGCUCUACACAAAUGAACUACCUUUUCCCUGUGUAUAAUACUAUUCUCAGUUGGUCAUGAGAUGUUUAAAUGGAGACAAGUUAUAAAUACAUAAAUCCCAUAUCCAUAUUCUCUCGUAUUAUGAUUAAGUUUUUUAUUGGUUCAAAAACCACUAAGUACGGUAAAUAGAUGUGUAUAUGGCCAUUAAUCACUAUUGGAAUUACCACAGACUACUGCACUAUUACACAAGUUAAGUACUGCCUUUCACGUUCAAUUUAUAUUGAAUUCUUAGUAAUAUAAAGUGUGUCUGGAGACAAAUGUAAAACUAUGCGAGUCACGGUGAAUGUGCAAACUCACAUGGGUCAAAGUAUAAGAAAAUAUAAAUAAACAUGAGAAUAAAACUUGCAUUUUUUCUGGAAUGAGAAUAUAACUUUUUCACUGUUGUGAAAAAUUACCCACAUAAAGAUAUUGAAUAAUAAUAUCAUCGAAUCAAUGUGUCGUAUCAUUUCACUUAUACAUGUGUCACAUUUGAAAAUGACCAUUAUCUGCAUGCAAAUGAACAAAUUCUUUAAUGUUUGUAUUCGUUUUUACUUACUUUUUAUGUGUGGCCCGAGGCCCAAUGCUAGCAGCCAAUAAUGGCAAUUUUCAAUCUGAUUUUAGCAUCUUGAGUCCAUCAAGUCUGUAGUAAAACUAUAUUUUGAUUAACAAGAUAGCGUUUAGCUUUAUCUUGCUGUCAUUUCAAGCUAAGGAUCUUGGAUUUCACCUUUUUUUCAUAUUUUUUACCAAAUAUAAUAGGGAAUUUCAGUCAUUACAAACCUAACACUACCAUUUUUUUUUUAUAUCUGAGUACCUGCUUUUAUAAAGCCUCGUUCAGGAAGGUGUGGGAUACCUAAUUAAAAUUUUUUUUCCUUUAGGUGUAUGUCGGUUUUCACGGCACAGCCACUUAUUUUUUUUAUACCAUGGUAGCAAAUAUGAUGCACUUGUUUUUCAAUCUAGUUUAUCAAAAAUCAGUUCAAUGUGUUAGAAAAUCAUUAAUGAUGCUAACUUCUUUAUAAUUUGUGACACUUAAUACCUAAUAGUUUCGUUGCGAAAAGUGGUGAUUUUCAUGUUAAAAACUGGUCAGUAUUGCUCAUCUUAAUUUCUAAAAUCUCAAUCCGAAAAUGUUUCACACUGGACUGUUUUUAUAUUGCAUUCAAUUCUUUAGUUUUCAAAACUGGUUAUAUCCAUGUUAAGUGAGAUUUAUCUGUUUCUCUUGCUGCAAAUUUUGUAUCUGUAAUGGUUGUUUACCUAAGCUAUCAUGUCUUUUUUAUUUCAGUUUUUACAGAAUAUCAUCUUAUCGUUUUAAAUAUAUUUCAUUGUAAUAUUGCAUGUAACAAUCGGGUUCA